AUGAACUCGACUUCGUUCUCGCUUCUCUCCGAAGCUCUCCAGUUUGUGGUCUGUUGUCUGUUGUCUGCCGUUCCUCCCUGUCACGCCGACAAAAAGCAACAAAUACAGGGCCUGACAAGAAUGCGUCAAUCCAACCGUUGGAGCUCCCUUAGCUCUGCCAACCUUUUCACGGUUUUCUUCGUCUUCCUCCCCUGCCUUCCCCUCACCUACGCAGAAUCAUGCGCCACCGCUCUCCUCAAAACAAUCGCUACACGCUGGGACUCCCUUGGGAGCGACUACCAAACUGAGAUAUGUGCGCGCGGCUGCCAACCGGUAAUAUCGACCUGGGACGACUGGACACGCGCCCAUGCUUUCCUACCGCUGAUUGACACCAUGGCGCGCGAGAUGUCGCUGUCGGACAACUUCAAGCAGACGUUUACCGGAAUCGGUGAGGAUAUAGCCAAGGCAACCAAGGAGGAAUGCGACGGGCUGCUGGGACCGGGCCAGCAUUUCUGCACCAGUGGGAGCGAUAAUCUGGACCAGUGGAAUUACUGCUUCAAGAAGCAGGCUGCCAAGGUGGCUGCCAGCAACAUGUUUACCAUGUUUAGGCUUGUCUCUGGCGAGAUCUGUAAAGAAGAGAGGUACAAGUACCUAUCAGACGACCAGUUAUGGAAGGUCGUUCUGCCACAGUACAUGAGGAAAUACGGCGAUACCUGCCAACUCGGCAAGGGUGCCCAGAAGAAAACCACCGUGCUAGGCACACCUGACGGUGAUCAGGACUUCCUGGCCCGUUUGAGGGCUGAAAGUGCGCCCUCUCCGCCAAAGUCAGGGGCGAAGCGCGACACGAGAGAUGAGUUAUAA